AGUUGCCUUAACUGUUGUGCCACUGGCUGGCUCCUAACAGCUUUCUCAUUUUAUAUUCAUUCUCGUGGAAAAAAUCCGCUUGACAUUAUUCCUCGCAUUGUCCCAUUACAUUCCCUCUUUCACUUACAAGUUCACUUUUUACUUUACAAGUGUUCAUUGAGCAGCCCCUUUACUGUAUUGUGAUAGGAGAGCCCAAGUGCGCACCUGCCUCAGCCCCUGUCAGAUGACAAGUCAGGAGCUCCGGCCGGCCCUGGCCCGCUGUGCCCAGCGUCAGAAGCCUGGGUUCUAGUUCUCGUACUUGCCCUCCAUAGGCGUGUGCUCUCCUCUGUACCGUGGAGACCACGAAUCUUGGGCUCUUGGGAGGAUUACAAGCUGCACGACGCGCGGGCCGAUUGCCUUGCCAAGGUCCAUCAGGCCCUCAGGACGCAGUGCCGCACGCGCCCACCAGGGGCAGCAGGUCGCGGUCCAGUUGGCAGCCGCUGCACGUCAGGCGGUCGCCCCGCCCGGUGCGGGUGACCCAGACCGAGGCCAGCGCAGCCAGCCGGCGCCCGGCAGCGCCAUGGGGGCGGAGGCCUCGGAGAGUACGCCGGCGCUGCAGGAGUUAGUGCGCGAGGCCGAGACCAGCCUGCUGGAGUGCAAGGUGUGCUUUGAGAGGUUCGGCCCCCGCCAGCAGCGGCGUCCGCGCAACCUGCCGUGUGGCCACGUGGUCUGCCUGGCCUGCGUGGCCGCCCUGGCGCACCCGCGCACGCUGGCCCUCGAGUGCCCCUUCUGCCGGCGAGCCUGCCGGGGCUGCGACACCAGCGACUGCCUGCCUGUGCUGCACUUCCUGGAGCUCCUGGGCUCUGCGCUCCGCCCAGCGGCCUCGGCUCCUCCCGCCGUUCCCUGCGCCCCCGGGACCCUCAUCUGCAGCCACACCUUCGGAGGCUGGGGGACCCUGGUCAACCCCACAGGUCUGGCGCUGUGUCCCAAGACAGGGCGAGUCGUGGUGGUACACGACGGCAAGAGGCGGGUCAAGAUCUUCGACUCCGGGGGAGGGUGUGCACAUCAGUUUGGAGAGAAGGGGGACGCCGCCCAGGAUAUUCGGUACCCGGUGGAUGUCACCGUCACCGACGACUGCCACUUGGUUGUAACCGACGCCGGCGACCGCUCCAUCAAGGUGUUUGACUUUUUUGGCCAGAUCAAGCUCGUCAUCAGAGGCCAGUUCUCCUUACCGUGGGGAGUGGAGACCACCCCUCAGAAUGGGGUCAUGGUAACCGAUGCCGAGGCCGGGUCCCUGCACCUCCUGGAAGUGGACUUCCCAGAAGGGGUCCUUCGGAGAACUGAAAGGUUGCAAGGCCAACUGUGCAGUCCCCGCGGUGUGGCUGUGUCUUGGCUCACCGGGGCCACUGCAGUCCUGGAGCACCCCCCAGUCCUGGGACCUGGGGCCCGCGGCACCAGGGUGAAGGUGUUUAGUGCAGAUAUGCAGCUCAUCAGCCAGGUGGAUACCUUCGGGCUGAGCCUCUUCUUUCCCUCCGAGAUAACUGUCUCUGCCGUGACCUUCGAUCAGCAGGGGAACGUGACUGUUGCAGAUACCUCGGGUCCCGCCGUCGUGUGCCUGGGACAACCCGAGUCGUCUCCAGCGCCUAGGCCUGUGGUCGCACUGGGUCUUUCCCGUCCUGUGGCACUGACCUUCGCGAAGGACAAUUCUCUGCUUGUGCUGGACGCUGCAUCCCAUUCUGUAAAAGUCUACAGGGCCGACAGGGGAGCAUAGGGCAUGCGGGGGGGAGGGGUGGGAAGGGGGGGUCCUGGGAUCUGGAACCCCAAGGGGGCGGUGCUGCCAGGAGGACAGCCGCUUCAUCUCAUCUGUCCUGGCAGGGGUCACUGCAACACCGACAGACUUACAAGGG